UAUUUCUCUGCAUUUUUAAGUGUUUUUUUUUUUUUUUUUUAAGUACAAAUCAAAGCACCAAAACCACUUUGGCUUCAAGUCAAAAGAAACUCCAAUCUAUCUUCUAUAGCACGCCCGAUCACUCAUCACGCCUUAUCCUAAGCACCUUUGGCCGGCUUUCAACGUUUCAGAUCCUUCAUGCCGUAGCCAAGCUCACACUCCCUCUCUGGACUGAUUGAAGAUAGUUUCCUGUUCUUGUCUUAAGCGUUUCGCUGCAAAAUUUUCAAUAAGGGAAUUCUUAAAAGCUUGAAACAUGAGCUGCUUUGGCUGUUGUGAAGAAGAUGACAUGCAUAAAACAGCUGACAGUGGAGGCCCAUACCCUGUUAAAAGUUCAGCAGCAGGAAGCAUUGGAGGUUACCCUGCAUCAGAAAAAGCACCUAAGGGUGCUCAGGCUGUUAAAAUCCAGCCUAUUGAAGUCCCUUCUAUUUCAGUGGAUGAACUAAGGGAAGUUACAGAUAACUUUGGGACAAAUUCUCUGAUUGGAGAGGGCUCAUAUGGAAGAGUGUAUUAUGGGGUUCUUAAAAGUGGGCAGGCUGCAGCAAUAAAAAAAUUAGAUGCAAGCAAACAGCCUGACGAUGAGUUCUUGGCCCAGGUUUCAAUGGUAUCAAGGCUUAAGCACGAAAAUUUUGUACAAUUGCUUGGGUAUUGUGUUGAUGGAGGUUCCCGUAUACUUGCAUAUGAAUUUGCAUCUAAUGGAUCUCUUCAUGAUAUUCUUCAUGGAAGGAAAGGUGUUAAAGGGGCACAGCCUGGUCCUGUCCUUUCAUGGCAGCAGCGUGUGAAAAUUGCAUUUGGGGCUGCAAAAGGACUUGAGUACUUGCAUGAAAAGGCUGAUCCUCAUAUCAUUCAUCGUGACAUUAAGUCCAGUAAUGUUCUGAUUUUUGAUGAUGACGUUGCAAAGAUUGCAGAUUUUGAUUUGUCAAAUCAAGCUCCUGAUAUGGCAGCACGUCUGCAUUCCACUCGUGUUCUAGGAACUUUUGGUUAUCAUGCUCCUGAAUAUGCAAUGACCGGACAGUUGAAUGCAAAAAGUGAUGUAUACAGUUUUGGUGUUGUCCUGCUUGAGCUUUUGACUGGGCGAAAGCCUGUUGACCAUACAUUACCUCGUGGACAGCAGAGUCUAGUGACAUGGGCUACACCAAAACUUAGUGAAGAUAAGGUAAGGCAGUGUGUUGAUGCAAGACUUCAAGGAGAUUACCCACCCAAGGCAGUUGCAAAGAUGGCUGCUGUCGCUGCCUUGUGUGUGCAAUAUGAAGCAGACUUCCGGCCAAACAUGAGCAUUGUGGUUAAAGCUCUCCAGCCUCUCUUAAAUGCCCGGCCAGGACCUGCUGGUGAAACACCAAGCAUAUGAUUCUCUCUAUCUCUCCGUGCAUUCUCAAGUGCGCAUCCAUGCAAGUAUCAGGGACAUAAAAAAGAGCUGUUAUAGAAAAUGUUAGUAAAUUAUUUGGACAGCUCCCUUGCGCCGUUAUUUUCUAUGUAUUUCUUUUGUUCAUUAUGCGUGAGGCUAUUUUCAGAGUCAUAUUUCUGCUGCUGCUGCAUUAUUUUUUUUUAAAUCCUUUUAAGUUGUUCAUCUUUACUAGAUGAAUAGCUUUGUGUCUAUCAUCUCUUAUAGAUGUGAAUGAUGAAGAUUUCCUCAUACACCCUGUUUAGGUUAUAAAUUGAUUGAAUUGAAUUUUGACUAUUACUUGUUUAAUAAAGUAUUUGUUAAGGUUAUAAA